AUGCCCCAACGAUCUACCGCUGUGGAUUUUUCAAAUCUACUAAAUCCUGAAUCUCCGUCUGAAGACUCUCGGGAGACCUCUCUAUCCACGUCUGCCUCCGCCCCCAAGUCAACGUCAACGUCAACGUCAACGUCAACAUCAAUUUCCGCUUCCGCUUCAGCGACAUCCUCACCUACCCAGUCGAACAUGGCCUCAUCCUCUCCCGUGAGCCUCCUACCGCCGCUGGUCAAAGCUGGACGUGCUACAAUUACUGAAGAAUCCCGACAAAGCCUACCGCGGCCCUACAAAUGUCCUCUCUGCGACAGGGCUUUCCACCGCCUCGAGCAUCAGACACGGCACAUUCGAACCCAUACGGGGGAAAAGCCACAUGCCUGCCAGCACCCGGGCUGUGCGAAGCGCUUCAGCCGCUCUGAUGAGCUCACCCGUCAUUCUCGUAUCCACAACAACCCAAACUCGAGACGGAGUCACAAGGCGGCGGCCCAGCAGCAACAACUUCAACAGCAUCAUAUCGCUACAACCGCCUUGUCAAAUGGCCCAAACACCUCACCAAACACCCCGCCCAGGUCCAUGAUGCCUCCCCCCCCAGGGAAGCCCAUUGCCAGGUCUGCCCCUGUAUCCCAGGUGGGCUCACCUAAUGUCUCCCCUCCGCACUCCUACACAAAUUACGCUUCGCACAUGCCCUCGACUCUGGGGCCCUAUGGUAGAAGUGGAAGUGGAGUUGGAACUGAUGGUCGACCUUCAGCCGCAAUGGACAUCAACAUGCUGGCAACCGCAGCUUCACAGGUUGAACGCGACGACCACCACUUUCUCCACCACCAACACCACCACCAUCAUCAUCACCAUCAUCAUCAGCAGCAGCAGCAGCAGCAACCACCCUACCACUUAUCCUCCCCGCACCAGGUGCGCACCUCGCCUCUCUACACCGCCUCCCGCUCCCCUUACCACCACUCCCUCAACAACUCCCACAAUAGCACAAGCCGCCUCCCCUCUCUCUCAGCCUACGCCAUCUCCAACUCUCACAGCACGCACCCAAUGAGCCGCUCUCACUCUCACUCCGAUGAAGACCGUGAGAUCAGCAUCCACCGCGCCAAGCGCUCCCGCCCUUCCUCCCCCGACUCCACUGCCCCAUCCUCCCCAACUCUGUCCCACGACUCCCUCUCGCCAACCCCAGACUAUACCCCGCUCGCAACACCAGCCCACUCCCCGCGCCUCCGCCCUUUCUCCUCCUUCACAUCUAGCGGUGGCGUCCUCAGCGACCUGCAACUCCCCUCCAUCCGCCAAUUGUCCCUGCACGGCCAUCACACACCCGGCCCGGCCCUGGCACCCAUGGAGCCGGAGCCGCAGACAGAUGGCAUGCCGAUGCAUCACCACUACGUGGCGCAGUCGCAGGGACAAAAGCAGCAUAAUACCGGUCCGAGCAUUAGCGAUAUCAUGCACAGAGCCGAUGGAACGCAGAGGAAGUUGCCUGUGCCUCUCGUGCCCAAGGUGGCGGUGCAUGAUGUGUUGGGUUUGGGACAUCAUGGGGUUGGACUUGGUGGGAUUAGUGGGGCGGGGAGUGGACUUUCGUCGGGGUCGUCGUCGGUAACUGGGUCGGUUGCGGGGGGAGAUUUGGGGGAGAGAUAUUAG